UUAAAUGAAGAGAAACGUACGUGUCUCGGAAAGAAAGCUAAACGGCGUCGUUUGGCGUAGUCCGAAACUCCAAAAUCGAAACCCUGUAUGAACCUGAAGUGUCUGGGGAAGCCUGGGAGGUAUUUGAGAAAACGUUGAAGAGAAAAAUGGGAAUAGCAUGGUUGCAGUUGCAGAGAAUCAUCACCACUCCUUGUUCUUCUUCUAGAUUCUUCUCCAAAUCAUCACCCUAUGUUGUGAAGGUUGGAAUACCCGAGUUUCUAAAUGGAAUUGGGAAAGGGGUUGAGUCCCACGUUCCUAAGCUCGAAUCCGAAAUCGGAGAUUUCCAGAACCUUCUUGUCACUCGCACCCUCAAGCUCAAGAAGCUCGGUAUUCCUUGCAAACAUAGGAAGUUAAUAUUGAAAUACACACACAAGUACAGGUUGGGAUUAUGGAGGCCACGUGUUGAGUCCAUCAAAGCUUGAUUGGUUUCUAACCAAUACGUAGUCACUGUUUGUUAGGUCAUAUUUCAAAUGUUUAGCAGCAGCAGCAGAAUGCAAUGCUCCACUUUACGAUGCUUUCAUAUGGUUAAGCAGUUAAGCAGGCUGCGGUUAAAUCCAAAGAUUCUAUUGCAAUCUAUUGCAGUCUGACAUUAAUUGAUGAACAAUUGAUUCAGUACUAUGUGCAGCAUGAUAGAACUAGGUAUUAUUAAUAAGGUAUUAUUAAUAAGGAUAUGUUCUUAGCUAUAUAAGCCAUCAAAUCUUCUAAUUGAAAGUUGAUUAUGGAUC